UCACAGUCUACUUUGAAAGUUUAUUAGUAAAGAGCAAAGACAAGAUACGGUUAUUUGUGCAGAACAUUUCACAUGGAUGCGAUUAAAAGUAUUUUACGGAGAUCAAAUAAUUCAGAAUAACAUUACACAGUAAGAAUGGCACGUAAAUUCAACCAAGAUCAGGCUUCCCGUUGGCUAUGGUGAGCGAACUAGGAACUUUCACGCUGUGAGGCGACAGUAUAAACCACUGUACCACCGUACCAGGCAUUUAUUUAUGGUCACAGUGUUGCCUUUUUUUAACGAUUACAUCUUUGUAUAUUUCAUACAGCGUUUGUUCUGCAGCGGAAAUAAAACACCGCUGUCGUUUUACACACUUUCUGACAAAUUUGAUCGAUCUACCGUUUAUCCAUUCAUUUGGGCUUCUUAAAUAUCUCGGGUGUGCGCUAUGCAAGUCUGUCUUUUAUGAGCCUUGAUUAGGUUAAGCUGAACCGCGUUAAUGGAACGACAUGAGGCUAUGAGGUUAGAGAUGGUGCUAGUUUGAUAUGGAAGCGGUCUGACUUUUUCGGGAAAGUCUGGCGUUCUUUAGCUAUUUUUAUGGAAUACCCCCUGGUUAGAUAGAUGACGUGCAAUAAUUCACUUAAAUUAUUCAUACACAACCACAAACAACAAGUUUUGGUUCUCAAAUCAAAGCUUGCUACCAGCAGUUCAGUUAUUAUGCCAGUAGAUAAGCUUAUGUUUAUGUUACGCUUAUGCUUAGUUAGCAGACACUUCCAUCUGAAACGUACAGAAAUCAUAUAAUAAUAAUAAUAAUAAUAAUAAUAAUAAUAAUAAUAAUAAUAGUCUUUCCUGAUUAGAGAGAUGACCAUUCAUAAUUUAGAAUUCAUAGAUAGUUCAAACGUACAGUAUGAAUAUGCCCAUGUACCCCACCUAUCUCUCUCGUCACAAGCCGCUACUCCACUGUAGUAUAGCCAUUGUAUGAAAUGCUGACCACCCAAAAUUUGUAAUCCCCCCCAACCAGAGCAGCCUAGAUCCGGAACUGGAUAUAUACAUGACCACACACACCUAGAGAUACUGUAGAUCUAAGCUCUAAAGACAGAGCAGGGGGUUGACGUGCCUUAGCAUGCACACUGGCAAAAUGCGAGCUGCUAACGGGGAAGUUAAACACAGCAAACGUUCCAGAACAGAAGAGCAGCUUUGGUUGAUAAGUAAACCAACACCCCCCGCCAUUAUUUUUGGCUGUUCAUCUCCUGCAGUCAAUCAGCUGCCAGCUGCCAACAUCACGCGUGCAGAUAACAGCCUUCCUUCCCGGGUACCGUGUCUGACUCCCUAAAGCUCACGGACCUUCGCAGCCCAAACCCCGCCCCCCUCCCGCGCUGUCACUCUGUCAUGAUGGCUGUCAUCUGGCACCAAGCACGGGCGUGUAUUCGGCUGGGGGGGGGGCGGUUGUGGACUUUGAUGAUGGAUGGUCUUCACGAGGGAAACUGGUGCUUUACAAAUCUGCCAACCACGUGUUUGACCUUCACGUUCACACUCCAAUUGAUGGGAUUAUUUUAAUCUAAAACUGCCCCCGUAGCAAAUUACUGAAAAAGCGGUUACUGCAAAUGGAUGAAUAACCACUAUUAUUGUGAUUUUUUUUUUUUUUGCAAUAAUGGCUGCCUCUAACCUUCCCGAAUUUCAAACUUGGACCCAAAUUUCAAUUUAUCUUCAAAAGAAGGGCUGCAGGUUUGAAUUAUAAAGUCGUCAGAAAAUGACUGCAAGAAAACAAAAAUGGCAAAGCCGAUAGCGACUGAUAUGUCUCUAUAAAAUAACGUAAAUAAUUAGACUGCCGUUUAAUAGCCUUGACUUCAUACGUAUAUAAAGUGCCAGUAAAUAUGCCUAAUUUCAAUAUGUUAGAAAAAUUUUAUAAAUUUGUCUUGGGCUUUCCGUUCGAAUCUUUCCAUACAGCACCACAAAAAGCUUCCUACUCCUGAGGCUUUUAGGUGGGGAUAAUAGAUCCUAUUUGCCAGUGGGCUCAAGUGAUUAAGAUCGCUUUCGAAAUAACCAAUUACAUUUUUUAACCAAAAAAUCGGCCGCAGAUAAGGAGGUGACUUGGAGUUGGAGGUUUCACAUUAACCUAGAAGGAAAUGCCCAUCUUUGAAGCUUGUUAUUUCAGGGCUUCAAAACCAAGGCGAGCCUCCAUCCCCGGGCGUUUGACCUGCCCCCCCCCCCCUUCCGUGAUUGACAGACCGGAGCGGCGCAGGAUCCUCCUCCGCGCUGGCCGCCGCUCACUUCUCCUCCAGCACAGCCAGCUCUCCGGGAUCAGUAAGUUUGUGCACAGGGAUGCCUGAAAAUGCCAGUCCAUUGGAUUUACCCAACCUUCUUGAUCCUUUUCGCGUUGGCGCCGAACCUGGCUUUGCGGAAUUACCCUGAAAAUGAAGUGACGCUCCUGGACUCCAUGUCAGCGCUGGGGGACCUGGGCUGGGAGGCCUACCCUGCAGAGGGGUGGGAGGAGAUCACAGUGAUGGAUGAGAAGAACACGCCCAUGCGCACCUACCAGGUGUGCAAUGUGAUGGAGGCCAGCCAGAACAACUGGCUGCGCACGGGGCACAUCGCCCGCCAGGGCGCCCGCCGCGUCUACGUGGAGAUGAAGUUCACGCUGCGUGACUGCAACAGCCUGCCGGGGGUGCCAGGCACCUGCAAGGAGACCUUCAACCUGUACUACCACGAGUCAGACAACGGGGGGCUGCGACACGUGCGAGAGAGCCAGUACACCAAGAUCGACACCAUCGCCGCGGACGAGAGCUUCACGCAGACCGACGUGGGUGACCGUGUCAUGAAGCUCAACACGGAGGUGCGGGACAUCGGUGGGCUCACCAUGAGGGGCUUCUACCUGGCCUUCCAGGACGUGGGCGCCUGCAUCGCCCUGGUCUCCGUGCGCGUCUUCUUCAAGCGCUGCCCACACGCCGCGCACAACCUGGCGCUCUUCCCUGACACGGUGACGGGUGGCGACUCAGCCCUGGUGGAGGUGCGCGGCUCCUGCGUGGGUGACGCCCAGGAGCUGGAGCCACCCCGCAUGUUCUGCGGCGCCGACGGCGGCUGGCUGGUGCCCAUCGGCCGCUGCGUCUGCAAGCCUGGGUUUGAGGAGCGAGAGGGCCGCUGCCAGCCCUGCAGGUCCGGCUUCUACAAGGCCUCGUCCCUGGAUGCCCUCUGCUCCAAGUGCCCCCCGCACAGCCACUCCCCCCAGGAGCGGGCUGCCGAGUGCCCCUGUCUGGAGGGCUUUCACCGGGCCGAGACGGACCCCCGCUCCAUGGCCUGCACCCGACCCCCCUCAGCCCCUGAGAGCCUGGUCUCCACCGUGAAUGAGACGUCGGUUGCUCUGGAGUGGACGGCUCCGCAGGACAGCGGGGGGCGCUCCGACGUCACCUACAAUGUGCACUGCAGCUGGUGCCCAGGCAGCGGGGGCGCAUGCCUGCCCUGUGGGGGCAUUGCCGGGGGACCCCACUUCCUCCCACGCCAGUUGGAGCUGACAUCACCCCGCGUGCUGGUCACCGACCUCCUUCCGCGCACCAACUACACCUUCAGCGUGGAAGCGCUCAACGGCAUCUCGGACCUGAGCCCUGGGCCCCGAAGGAUGGUGUCCGUAAAUGUCACCACCCGGCAGAAAGUGAGCGUGGUCCUCAAGGAGAGGAGAAGCAGAGACAGUGUCACCCUGGCUUGGCAGGAGCCUGACCGCGCUCUUGGAACCGUCUUGGACUACGAGGUCGUCUACUACGAGAAGAAUCAGCGGGAGCAGAACUACACCGUCCUGAAGACGCGGUCCAACAUCAUGACUGUGGACGGGUUGAAGCCGGGCACCGCCUACGUGUUCCGGGUGCGGGCGCGUACCGACGGGGGGUACGGCGUCUACGGGGGCGAGAUCGAGCUGGAAACCAGCCAUGAGGACGUGCUGGCCAUCGGAGACCCUGGGCAGACCAGUGUUCUGGCCAUGUCCGUCGCUGGUGGAGUCGUGCUGUUUGUGCUCCUGGUCACCUGCUUCAUUGUCAGCGGCAGGCACUGCGGCUACAUCAAAGCAAAGCAGGAUCCCGAGGAGGACAAGAUGCACUGCCAGCCAGGGGGAGGUCAGAUCCCAGGCAGCAGGACCUACAUACACCCCCACACGUAUGAGGAUCCCAACCAGGCCGUCCGUGAUUUCGCCCAGGAGAUUGAGGUGUCCAGCAUUCGCAUCGAGCGGGUCAUCGGGGCUGGCGAGUUUGGGGAGGUGUGCAGCGGCCGGCUGCGGCUACCUAGCAGACGGGAGAUCUGCGUGGCCAUCAAGAGCCUGAAGGCUGGCUACUCGGAGCAACAGAGGCGGGACUUCCUGGGCGAGGCCAGCAUCAUGGGCCAGUUCGACCACCCCAACAUCAUCCGGCUGGAGGGCGUGGUCACCAAAUGUAAGCCUGUGAUGAUUAUCACAGAGUUCAUGGAAAAUGGCUCUCUGGACACCUUCCUCAAGAAACACGACGGGCAGUUCACAAUCAUCCAGCUGCUGGGCAUGCUGCGCGGCAUCGCCGCUGGCAUGAAGUACCUGUCCGAGAUGAACUACGUGCACCGCGACCUGGCUGCCAGAAACAUCCUGGUCAACGGCAACCUGGUGUGCAAGGUGUCCGAUUUUGGCCUGUCCCGCGUGCUGGAGGACGACCCCGAGGCUGCUUACACCACAAGGGGAGGGAAGAUCCCCAUCCGGUGGACAGCACCCGAGGCCAUCGCCUACCGGAAGUUUACGUCGGCCAGCGACGUGUGGAGCUACGGCAUCGUCAUGUGGGAGGUGGUCUCCUAUGGCGAGCGGCCCUACUGGGAGAUGUCCAAUCAGGACGUGAUAAAGGCCAUUGAUGAAGGGUACCGCCUGCCCGCCCCCAUGGACUGCCCACUAGUGCUGCACCAGCUAAUGCUGCACUGCUGGGAGAAAGGGCGCAGCGAACGGCCCAAGUUCUGCCAGAUCGUCAGCACCCUGGAGCAGCUGAUCCGCAGCCCAGGCAGCCUGAAGCAGCUGGCAAACAGCACCAUCUGGCAGGACCCCAGCCUGACCGAUCUCGGCACCAGCACUGUGGACGAGUGGCUGGACUCUAUCAAGAUGGGCCAGUACAAGGAGCACUUCUCCAGCUCGGGCUACAUCACGCUCGACUCGGUGCUCAGCAUGGACACCAGUGAGCUGGGGAACAUGGGAGUGACGCUGGCGGGACACCAGAAGAAGAUCCUCACCAGCAUCCAGAGCCUGCAGAGCGAGCAGGAGCCCCAGGUGCACGUAUAACCUCCAGCCAGUCCGCGUCCUCCUGCUCCGCCUCUCCUGGGUGGACUGUGGCCUCAAAACUGUGCAAACAGCCACCCAGACCCCCCACCAGCACUGGAGCAGGAUGAGGGCGAGAUGGGUCCACCUUGGAGGGACAGUUGGGGCGGUGGAAAUGGCCAACAUGGAGGCACGUGUACAGAAGAAGAAGACAUACUGUAUCGUAGCUUCAUUCCAUGGUUUUUUGUUCAGCCAUUGUUUUUCUUCGUGGUCUACACCUUGGUGUCAGCUGUGGCACCACAAAGCCAAUGUGAGGCCACUGCCUCAUGUGGCAGCCAGUGGGCUUUCAUGGACGAGCACCCGGACACUGUCCUUCACAUCUGGUCAUAGGCGUGUUCUCCGUUUGCCAGAACGGGAGGUGUCAGCGUGGUCAAGGUGGCCAUGACAAAGAGUGGCACAGUCAAUGUUCCCGGGCUCCGAAACAAAUGAGAGGGAUCCGGUGGACCAAAUUUAGGCCACGUAGAUGAGGAUUCACUCCUCUGUGGUCUCACUGAACUUCUCCAGGAGCCACAUUGGCAGGGCGUGACCCGUCUACUGGGAAGACAGCGGUUCCGUGCCGAGAACACGUCGGGAAAAUGAAGUUGUCGCCAACAAAGUCAGCAGGACAUGCUCCGAGCCAUGUUCAGGUGGUGACCUUCUCCAACAGGGAUUCCUCACAUCAGACCCUUCAGCCAGCUAAACUACUCGGCGUGUAAAAGAAAGGAAUGUAACGAACGACCUCCUUGCUGCAGUAUCGAAGGAAUGCCUGGGCGUCACAAAGGAAAAUCCGCCGCACUAAAAAUGUAUUUCUCAUUGUAUGUCAAAAUAUGCUCCUCCUAUCGGAAAAAUGUAAGCUGCCACUGCGAGUUGAAACGUGUGCAUAUGGUGCGCAGUGUGGUCAGUAAGCUUAGUGAGUUCUCCCAUGUAUUUAGUCAUUUCUUAACUAAACGGAUGUGUAUGAAAGUCGUGGAUCCUUCUCCUGAUAACCGCCGUAUGUUUUGACAUAUGUCGACAAUACAUUGGUGAUGCUCGCUAA